AUGAAUUACGAGCAGAGGCUCACGGCGGCAGCCGCAAUCAUCCUCGAACCCGAAUCACGAGGCGGAAUGGGAGACGGAGAAGGUGAAGGCGACGGCACUCCGCUGUUUAAUGCCGGAGAAAUUGGCGUCACGGCGACGUUAAAAUCUCACCAAGUUGAAGGCAUCUCGUGGCUUAUACAGAGAUAUCGCCUCGGUGUUAAUGUAAUCCUCGGAGAUGAGUUGCUGGCAGAUGGGACUAGGGAAGACUUUGCAAGCCAUCUCUUUCUGGUGUUGUGCCCUUUAAGCGUGACAGAUGGAUGGGUGUCAGAGAUAGCCAAAUUCACCCCCAAUUUGAAAGCCCUUAGGUAUGUUGGUGACAAAGAACACCGGCGCAAUUUGCGCAAGACAAUAUAUGAGCAUGUGAAAGAGAAUCCUUCAUCAUCUGAUGUAUCAUCAUUGCCUUUUGAUGUGCUAUUGACAACAUAUGAUAUAGCAUUAAUGGAUCAAGAAUUUUUGUCACAAAUUCCAUGGCACUAUGCUAUAAUUGAUGAAGCUCAAAGACUUAAAAAUCCUAACAGCGUUCUUUAUAAUGUUCUCAAAGACCGGUUCCUCAUGCCAAGACGGUUAUUGAUGACUGGCACCCCCAUCCAGAAUAAUCUCACUGAGCUUUGGGCUCUGAUGCAUUUUUGCAUGCCUUCUGUGUUUGGAACCCUGGAUCAGUUCCUUUCCACAUUCAGGAAAGCUGGUGAUGCUUCAUCAGAUCACGAUGCAACAAAGGUGAAGCAGCAAUUCAAGACUUUAAAAAGUAUAAUGAAAGCCUUCAUGCUUCGAAGAACAAAAUCUAGGCUUAUAGAGUGUGGAAACCUAGUGCUGCCACCAUUGACUGAGAUUACUGUGAUGGCUCCACUGGUGAGCCUGCAAAAGAAAGUUUGUACCUCGAUAUUGAGGAAGGAGCUUUCGAAACUUCUUGCAUUGUCUUCUUCAGCUUCCAGUCAUCAACCUCUGCAGAAUAUGGUAAUACAACUAAGAAAAGCAUGCAGCCACCCUUACCUCUUCCCUGGUAUUGAGCCUGAGCCAUAUGAAGAGGGCGAACACCUAGUUCAGGCCAGUGGGAAACUAAUGAUUUUGGACCAACUACUUGAGAAGCUACAUUAUUCUGGACAUCGUGUGCUUCUCUUUGCUCAGAUGACACACACACUUGACAUUUUACAGGAUUUUCUAGAGCUGCGCAAAUAUUCCUAUGAGCGUCUUGAUGGUUCAGUUCGAGCUGAGGAGCGUUUUGCUGCAAUAAGAAGUUUUAGUGGGCAGUUAGGGAGGUCUGGUUCUGAAUCUGAUCAAAAUAGUUCUUUUGUUUUUAUGAUAUCUACUAGAGCUGGAGGAGUUGGCUUGAAUCUUGUGGCUGCAGAUACGGUUAUAUUCUAUGAGCAAGAUUGGAAUCCUCAGGUUGACAAACAGGCUUUGCAGCGAGCACACAGGAUUGGUCAAAUGAAUCAUGUCUUGUCAAUAAACUUAGUUACAAGGCAUACCGUGGAAGAGGUUAUCAUGCGGAGAGCAAAGAGGAAAUUGCAGCUUAGCCAUGAUGUUGUAGGAGAUGAUGUCACGGAAGAGGAUGGAAAAGAAACGGGAGGAAUUGAAACUGGUGAUUUGCGAUCUAUCAUAUUUGGGUUACAUAGGUUUGAUCCUUCAGAGAUGAACAAUGAAAAAUCAGAUGAAUUAAAUGCCUCGGAGUUGAAUGCUUUGGCACAGAAAGUAAUUGCACUGCGUGCUGACCAGAUAUUGGAUAAGGAUGAUAGGAAGUUUGAGGUUAAUCCUAUUGGUCAAGAAAAGGAACUCGAUUUUGUUAGUGGAGGAGAUUCUGCUCUUACAAAGUAUGAUCCUGGUCUUGACGAAGCAUCAUAUCUAUCAUGGGUUGAAAAAUUCAAGGAAGCAUCACAAUCAAAUGAAAAUCAGGUUUUGGAUUUGGGAAAUAGAAGGAAUUUACCUGAUGAUAAGCAUCUUAAGCUUGAGGCUGCAAAGAAAAAGGCAGAAGAGAAAAAGUUGUCCAAGUGGGAGGCCCUUGGAUACCAUUCAUUAUCUGUUCGAGAUCCUAUCUACCCCGUAAAUGGGGAUGCAUUGUCAGACUCAGGUUUUGUUCAUUUUGUUGUUGGGGAUUGUACUCAUCCAGAAAAGUUCUGCUCAGCUGAGCCCAGUGUCAUAUUCAGUUGUGUAGAUGACUCUGGAAAUUGGGGCCAUGGAGGAAUGUUCGAUGCACUGGCCAAACUGUCUUCAAGUAUCCCUGACGCAUAUCAAUGUGCCUCCGAAUUUAGGGACCUUCAUCUUGGUGAUGUCCAUCUUGUAAAAAUUAACGAGAACACUGAUGGGCAGAACAUGGAAGGUGAUACUCCACGGUGGGUUGCUUUGGCUGUUGUACAAUCUUAUAAUCCUAGGCGCAAAGUGGCUCGUAGUGAGAUCUCUAUUCCUGACUUGGAGGCUUGCCUGUCCAAGGCAUCUUUUGCUGCAGCACAAAAUUUGGCCUCAAUCCACAUGCCUCGUAUUGGUUAUCAAGAUGGAACAGAUCGCUCACAGUGGUAUACUGUUGAACGUCUUCUACGGAAAUAUGCUUCUUUUUUUGGAAUAAAGAUCUAUUUAAUGCCAAAAACAACACCGACGUUGUCCACUCUUCUCCAGCUCCCUGCCAUCAUCGUUUCUCUUUCUAGCCGUCCCCGAUCAUCAUCCGCAAAACUCCAGCCACAGCCAACUUUCCCACAAAUCACCAGCUUCUUAACUCUAACAGCCACAUCUGAACUUCCCACACCAAACUCAUUGCCAACAACACCCACUGCCCUCUUCCACACUAAAACUCAGCCACCAAAACCCACUGUCAACAGCCUUUCUUGA